GUCCGGGGACGAUGAAGGCCCCGCACUGCUGCUGCUGCGGUCUCGGGCGCCUCCUGGCCCCUGUCCUGGUCCUGCUGCUGCUGCUACUGCUGCCGGCGCUGAGCGGGCCCCCGGCGGUGCUGCUGCAGGCGGCCGAGGCCGCGCCGGGCCCCAGGCCUCCGGAGCCGCGGCCGCGCACGCCGCCGCCGGGCCCCACCCCAGCUCGGCCUGAGGCCGCCGGGCCGCGGGGCCCCGAAGGCGGCAAUGGCAGCAGCCCCGGGGCGGGGCUUGUGGCCGACGAGGCCGCGGGGAAGGCCGGGGAAGGCUCCGUGGGGGGCGGCCUCGCCGUGAGCCCCAACCCUGGCGACAAGCCCAUGACCCAGCGAGCCCUGACCGUGCUGAUGGUGGUGAGCGGCGCGGUGCUGGUGUACUUCGUAGUCAGGACGGUCAGGAUGAGGAGAAGAAAUCGAAAGACCAGAAGAUAUGGUGUUUUGGACACUAACAUAGAAAACAUGGAAUUGACACCUUUAGAACAAGAUGAUGAAGAUGAGGAUAACACAUUGUUUGAUGCUAAUCAUCCUCGAAGAUAAGAAUGUGCCUUUGGUUGAAACAACUUCAUCUUUAUACAGUGAAGAGCAGAGUUUCUAUGCUUAAGGAAUAAGAAGCCACUUUAAUCAUUGGGGGGGGGGUAUUUAAGUUAUACAUAUUAUGAAAAUUUUUAAUUUUUUGUUCAGUGACUAUUGAAUCAUUUUGUUAUAUCUUUGUAUAGAAGUGAUGUAUUAAUUGGUUCAGAGUUGUUGGAGAUAAACUAUACUAUAAUAGUUUAUCUUUUUGAAAAUUACUUUUACAUGGAGUAUUUACUGAUCAGUUUUUGUUUCUUGCUUACCAUAUUAUUAUAAACUGUUCUGUGUACUAAUCACUUAAUGCUAAUUAUUUUUGCUGAUGUAUUUUAAAGAACUAUAAAAUCUGAGAACCAUCUGGUAUGUAAAAAUAAUUAAAUUUUCCUUUGCUGAGAUAUAUUUCCCUUUUUGAGGGGAGAAAGCCAAAUGUAUUAUUUUGUUUGGGUUUUUUAAAAUACUAAUAAAUGUUAUUGUGUGCAAAACAAUAAAUACAAUUUAAAAUUCU